UUUUUUAAUUAUUAUUAUUACGUAAAAUAGUUUCUUAAUAAUAAAACUUUCAACCGAAAAAUUUGUGUAUGUUACUAAAGAGCACAGCUCACUCUCAGCACCCAAUAAAACCACACUACUUUGCCUUCCUCCUCCUCGUCUUCCAUACUCUCUCUCUCUCUCUCUCUCUCUCUCUCUCUGCUGUAGGGAUUGAGACCUCCCCUGCCUCCCUCUCCUCCAUCUCUUACACAACAUACGCUCACUCAUUUGGAUUCUAUAAUAGGCAACGCAAGAGUCACCAAGAAGCAGGACUUCUACAAAGUUGUUUAGAUAAACUAUAAUCCUGAAGAAUUAAGAGGAACCAUGAUUUCUCACAGGAAAAAUUUCACAUUUGUCUUUUGUUCUGCCUUUCUGGUCCUAUUGGUUAGUGGGUUAUCCAGAAAUCUUCCAAUAGUACCCUUUGAUGAAGGCUACUCGCACCUCUUUGGAGAUGGCAAUCUCAUGGUUCUUAAAGAUGGAAAAUCUGUUCACAUCUCUUUGGACGACAGAACAGGUUCUGGGUUUGUGUCACAAGAGCUUUACCUUCAUGGCUAUUUCAGUGCUUCAAUCAAGCUUCCUGCAGAUUAUACAGCUGGUGUUGUUGUUGCUUUCUAUAUGUCGAAUGGUGACAUGUAUGAGAAGAACCACGAUGAGAUCGAUUUUGAGUUCUUGGGAAACAUUAGGGGUAAAGACUGGAGAAUCCAGACAAAUAUUUAUGGAAAUGGAAGCACAAGCAUUGGUAGAGAGGAGAGAUAUGGCCUCUGGUUUGAUCCCUCUGAGGAUUUCCACCAAUAUAGCAUCCUCUGGACUCAGAAUGUGAUUGUCUUCUACAUCGACAACGUCCCCAUAAGAGAGAUCAAGAGGACAGAAGCCAUGGGUGGGGACUUCCCCUCUAAACCAAUGUCAUUGUAUGCAACAAUAUGGGAUGGGUCCGAUUGGGCCACAAAUGGAGGCAAAUACAGAGUCAAUUACAAAUAUGCCCCUUACAUUGCCGAGUUCUCUGACUUCGUCCUCCACGGAUGUGCUAUUGACCCCAUCGAGCUGUCCAAGUGCGACGCACCUCUGACAUUUUCCACCAUCUCGAGCCAACAGCGAACUAAGAUGGCCGGAUUCAGGAACAAGCACAUGCAAUACUCGUACUGCUACGACCGUGUUCGAUACAAGGCCCCUCCCUCAGAGUGCGUGAUCGAACCUAAGGAGGCCGAGCGUCUCCGAGGCUUCGACCCCGUCACAUUCGGAGGCUCCCGCCGCCACAAGAGGCACCACCGUGUUAGGUCAGCCCUGGCGGGGGCGUCUUCCAUGUGAUGAGGCCGUCAUCGGCCUCAUCAGGCACGUGUCACCAUCUUCGUUGCGGUUGUUUCGAAUUGAUUUAGGUUUGUGGUGGCUGUGAAUAGAGGAAUGAAGAGCACAUAGCGAGAGGGACAUAUGGUAAGAGAUUUAUUCCUAUUAUGGGGCAUUGAUUAUGAUAUGAUGGGGCAUGUAUAUAUUUCAUUUCAUACCUUUAGUUUCCCCAUCCUGUUUUUUCCUCAUUGGUAUUGUUAUUAUUGUCGUUAUAUACAUCUUUGGCUUUCAUUGAAUUUAGUUUUGAUGUAUUGGAUUUGUGUACUUGGAAACCUUUGGGACACCCUCUUGAUUGAAUAAAUAUAAAAUAAAACAAGCAUAUGGAAUUAUAUUA